AUGGUCCUCUACAAACGCAAGGUCGUCCAGGCCCUGCCCCCGCCCGACGUCGACCCCGAAUCCAACCCCGAUGUCUGGUACAUCCAAACCACCGGCGAAUUCUUCCUCGAGUACGAUGACUACCUCAAACGCAUGGAUUUCUACAAUCAACACCGCUUCGUCUGCGAAAUCUCCGGCCACUCAAACCUCUCCUACUGGGAGGCUCUCGAAUCCGAAACAAACGAAGCCCGCGAAGUCGACGAAGCCUUUCCCGAAUCCCUCAAAGAACCCGUUCUUCGUCGUCUGCAAUUCAGCACUACCUCCCGUCUCGACCACCUCGUCGACGAAGUCUACGACGCCUUCAAGUCUGACUUCUACCCUGGUGAAUACGCUUUUGCCUUGAUCAAAAACGACAAGCUCGAAGUCGUCAUCCGCGAAAAGGCCCAGUUCAAUGCCAUCCAGAUGCCCGACGGCGAAAUCCGGCCCGCGUAUGCCAAAUACCGCGUCGAAAUGAUCGGUCACGGACGCGAAGGCCAAGAAGACGUCGUCGACGGCCUCCAACUGACCCGCGACCGCAAACGCUUUUCGAAAAGCAUGCUCCGAACGUUCAUGAAGAACUCGCUCUCCCGCGAGCCCUGGUCCGGCGCCCCGUGGCUUGUCAAAGCGAAAUAUGCAAAGAAAUACAGAAUCGAUACAAACAUCCCGCCUCAUCUGCAACGCAAAAAUGGACUAUCCGAAGCCGAGCUGGCCGCGACGCAGGCCAAAAAACUCAAAGAGAAACGCCGGAUGCUGCAGCUUGCCGAGCGAGCAAAGAUCUCGCGAGAGAAAGAAGAUCAGAAAGAGCAGGCGCGAAGGGAACGUGAAGAGCAACGCGAGCGCGAGAAACGUGAACGGGAAUUGCUUAAACGGCCGCCGUCGACCGAAGAUCUCGAUCUGAUUCCAAUGACUGACCCGCCUUCUCAGCGGCCAAAGCUAAAGAUCGAACGCGCCGUGCCUAUGGAGUGGAUCGGCGUCUUACUUCAGACCUGGUCUUUUUUCAACGUCUUUCACGAAACGCUUGUGCUCAGUCUGUUUACUUUCGACGAGUACAUCUGUGCGCUCCAGUACACCUCCCAUGAUCUUCCUUGUGAGCUUUUCGUCGAGCUGAAUUGUGCUUUAUUGAAGCUGGUCGUAAGUAACGACAGCUCGGAGUUUGCUAUCGAUCUUCCGGUUGAUUUUUCAGAGUCCGAGAAAGCUGAUCGCACCUCAUCUCAUGAGAAAGUGAGCGAGGUCAAGUCAGAAGAACCCACAGCGGAUGACGAGGAGCAAAAGCCGCGUGCAAUGCCAACAAGAUCGAGUCGGGCAAACCAAAACGGAAAGGAAGAUGAUGCGAAAAAAGACACGCAAGACAGCAAUGCGGAUGAAGACGAAGACGAGGAUGACGAAGAUGACGAGGAUGAGGACGACUCCGAAUCAAUCAGGAUCCUCAACUCUCUUUCCAAGUGGCGCGAUGGAUCCUGGAAAGAGCGUCUUCGCCGCCGUCUUUUCAUCUCCGGUGGAAUGGAGCUAAUAAUUCUAAACCUGCUCAAGGAAGUCGCCUAUGUCAGCAAAUGGACCGAUUUCUGUCACGAAAUCAUCGACACUUGUCUCCCCGUGAACGAGCAAGCCUCAGUUGACGCGCUCCGAUCCCGUUUCGCGAGACUGUCGCCCGUGCAAAAGCUGCGGAUUCUAGAUAUCUUGAUCGAACUCGUGGGUGACUCGGCUCCGAUUCGCGAACGUAUAGAGUUUUGCAUGGACGAGAGUACCCGAAUUCGUCGCGAGCGACUCGAGACGCACAAAGAGCAUAAAGCUUUGCAGGAGCAGAUCCGUGUUGCAGAGGAGGAAAGACGGGAGCUGAUGCCUCCGGAACCUGAAACGCUACCGAUGCCUGAGAGCACGGACGAUGGCGAGCAGACUGAGCAGCAGCGACUAGAAGAGGCCCGCAAAGCCUGGCGCGAAGAAGCCGAGUCGCGGCUGCUACGGACAAGCUCGGCGUUUAAGAAAGUCAUGCAGACGAUCGAGAACGCUCAAAAAGGAAUACAAAGAUGCAUUCUUGCUCUCAAGAGCGCAGAGAUUGAGCUUCGUAUGCUGGAUUGCCAACGUUUCAGGGUUCUCGGUCGCGACCGGUUUUAUAACCGUUAUUGGUGGCUUGAAGGCAACGGACUGCCGACCGAUCUCGGCCGUCAUCAAUACCUAAUGGGUCGACUGUGGGUGCAAGGUCCAUCUGAAGAAGAUCUCGAGGUGUUUGUGAAAGACGGCAAGGCCGCAUAUGGAGAGAUCACGCUUGCCGAACGCAAAGAUAUGGAGGUCGACGACCGCGAGUCGCAGCUGAAUGAGACGAACGAAUGGGGAUAUUAUGACGACCCUGAGGAUAUUGGCGAACUCCUGCAUUGGCUGGGAACUAAAGGUACUCGCGAGCCACGGCUGCGGAAAGACCUCGAUUUGCGGCGGACAAGAGUCGAGGCGCCCAUGGUAGCUAGGCGAAAAUAUCUUGGACUCGACAAUGAGAAGGAGCGCGAUGGAUCAGUGGUCGCGGAUUCACGAGCACAGUCCCGCGCAGGUGACGACGAUACCGACGUCGAGGACGAAAAACCGGUGAUCAGGCAGCAAGAAGACGGUGACGACGACGAAGAGGAGGAAGUAGUCAACAGCCUCCGUCGCUCGUCGCGGCAACGGAAGCGCGCAAUCGCUCAAGUGGAAGCAGGCCAUAUCGCGCGCGACUUCCGGUUCCUGAGCUGGCGCAACACGGCCGCGUCCGCGCUCUUGGGCAAGUCGCACUACGAGUCCGGAUAUAAAAAGUCCGGCGGCGACCUGUUGUCGCAGAAAUCGCAAAACUUCGCGUCGCCGGCCUCGGCGGCUGCGUCGGUGACUACGAGCGCUAAAGCAUCGCCGCAGCCACCACCUGCUGGAUUCUCUGCAGCGCACUUGGCCAACGUCCGCGUCACGUCGUCGGCCGAAAGCUCGCCCGCACCAGCGGAUACCAUUGCUGUAGCGACGACGACGACGGCGAGCUCUAACGGACGAGAAACAAGACGGACCGCGGCCGCAGCCGAAUCGUCGCAGACGCGUAAGCGCCAGCUCGCAGAUACAGAUUUUGCAAACACCGACACCGAGAGCAGAGCGAGCAGUCCCGCGCCAGUGAUGGUCACGCGCAAGCAGGCCAAGAAACGGCACUCGGCGCCGUCGUCGUCUUCAGCAAGACGAGCAGCGUCUCCGUCGCCGUCGCCGUCGCCGUCGAGAUCGCCGUCUCCUCCUCCUGUUCCCGACCGGAGGGUCACGCGUCGGUCUGCGGCUGGGUUGGAUGACACGCCUGCGUCGUCUACGCGGGCGAAACAGACUGCUUCGGCAUCGUCUACACCCGAUCGAAGAACCAGCGGCUACGGCACUCGAAGCUCACGCUCAGCCGUUGCGAACUCUGCAACCAAUACCCCCACCACCACCUCUUCUUCUUCCUCCAACAACAACAACAGUAACAACAACACCGGCGCUACAACAAGAUCGGUGACGACUCCGAAAAGCGCGACGCGAUCGUCAUCAUCCAAAGCCGCGUCGUCGUCGCAGAGCGAUAAUACAGCCGAUAGCGGCAUGGAACGACGAUCUACGAGACGCAGUGCGGCCGUGGGUUUGAAGUAA